GAAAAAUCAAAGAAAUACUGGGUUAACCGAAUGCGCAUCCGCUGGUCCUUUGUUUAGGUAUCUUCGAAAUGUACUAACACAGUUGGUAACGCGAGUGAAAUGUCAAUUUCCGAAAGGCUCCAGUCGGUCGGAGAAAGUUGAAGUGAUAACUACGAGUGAUUCUAUCCUUUUGUUCACAUAAAAUAUAUAUAUAUACUACAUAUCGAGUCCAAUCAAGCAAGUAUAGAAAUAAAUAAAGAGAAAAUGCAAAGUGUUUUGAAUACAGUCAAAGGCACUGCAUUAAAUGUGGCCGAGUACCUAACUCCAGUACUGAAGGAAUCGAAAUUUCGUGAAACAGGUGUUCUGACACCAGAGGAAUUUGUAGCUGCCGGCGAUCACUUGGUCCACCAUUGUCCGACAUGGCAAUGGGCUGCAGGAGACGAGUCUAAAACAAAACCAUAUUUACCCAAAGAUAAACAAUUUUUAAUCACACGUAAUGUGCCAUGCUACAGGCGUUGUAAACAAAUGGAGUAUGUGGGUGAAGAGACGGUGGUAGAAGAGGAGGGUGGUGAUGGUGGCUGGGUUGAAACACAUCAACUGAACGAGGACGGCACUGCUGAACUGGAAGAAAAAGUUGAUGAAUUGACGCUUGAUGAUAGUAAAGAGGAAAUGCGUACGCCAGACGAAGACAAAGGCGGUAAUGUAGCAACUGAUAACGAUUGUGAUGACGACGAAGAUGAUGACGAAGCGAUUGACAUGGAUGAAUUUGAAGAAAGCGGUAUGUUGGAAUUAGUUGAUCCAGCUGUUGCAACUACAACGCGUAAAGUGGAAACUGAAACAGCCACUAAAACCACGAACUCCGCUGAUGCUGCUGAGGGCGCUGAUGCAACGGAUUCUGUGUUGCACACACGCACUUAUGAUUUACACAUUACAUAUGAUAAAUACUACCAAACACCUCGGCUCUGGGUGGUGGGCUAUGAUGAGAAUCGUAAACCUUUAACUGUCGAGCAAAUGUACGAGGACGUUUCGCAGGAUCAUGCAAAGAAGACCGUUACAAUGGAAAGUCAUCCGCAUUUGCCCGGUCCAAAUAUGGCUAGUGUACAUCCAUGUCGCCAUGCUGAUAUUAUGAAAAAGAUUAUACAAACCGUGGAAGAGGGUGGAGGUGAACUGGGCGUACACAUGUACUUGAUAAUAUUUUUGAAAUUCGUGCAAACUGUUAUUCCAACCAUCGAAUAUGAUUUUACGCAAAACUUUAACAUGUCUUAAACUAUUGAAUGUAUCUUUAUCAAUGCUGAAAAAGGCUCUGCAUCACCGCUACAUAAGCAAUUCAAAAUGUUAUUUAUAAGAUGUAUACUUUGACAGCUGCUAAAAUUGCUUAUGCUAAUAGUAAUAAAAUAUUUUGUAAUUGAUUUAUAAAUAUUAUAAAUUGACAUUAUAUAUACUAGUAUACUUUUUUAAUAUAUUUCAAAGUUUGCAAUUUAUUUGUAACUAUAUUUUGCACAUAUUUAGAGUUAAGAUAUUGAAAAUCUAUAAAGGAAUAAAGAUGAGGCGCUGAGAUAUCCGCAAAGAUGCGAA